UAGAAUCUGUAGGCAAAGAGUUAAGUAUACCCCUGAACAGUCGGAUAACGAGACUGAUGGCUCAGUAGGUACUGGGACUUUGGGAGAAUAGCGACAGAAUACAGCCUAGAGACUCGACUAUGCUCGGGCCACCGCGAGUUCCUGUGCAGGAAAAAAUCUGGGAUUUACAGAAAAAAAUUCAGUUAUUGGAGGGUGAUCGUAAGGCUUAUUAUGAAAGUUCACAAUGGAAAAUCAAGAAAAACAAGGAGACCAUUCAGUACCUCAGACAAGACAAUAAGCGCCUGCACAAAAUGCUGGCAGGAGCACUGAUGAGCGAUGAGAAACUUGUUAAAGAUUCAUUUCAAGAUAGUCGUGAGAAAGUGGCACUGAGGAAUAAAAGUGGAAAGGAUGUCAUUAUGGUGAUGGACCAGAAGGUUUGCGAUAAGAUUAAACGCCUGAAUGCUCUUAAGCAUGUGACAGAGCUGAAGAAGAAAAAUCAGAUGGAUCUGGAGGUGCAGUACAGCAAGAACAUACAGGAGGCCAAGACCCUGCAAGAGAUCAUGGAGAACAUGUCUGAGGAUGCGCAGACCUUGCGGCUACUAGAGAAUCGUUUGGAGAAAACCCAGUUGAAAUGUUGUGAGGCAAUGCAUGUGAUGAAGGUGUAUCAGAAACUGAAGGCGCAUCUGCAGGAGGAGAGUGUCACCUUUCAGAAACAACUGGAUGUCCUCGAAGCUGAGGUUGUGCAGCAAGAACAGGAACUGAAGGAGCUGCAGGCUAUGAACACUGAUGCCCAACUAUCUCGUGACACAGCCAAGACAGAGCUUCAGCAGUGUGAGGAGGUUGUGCAUAAGGAGCGGCGGGAGCGGGAAAGGAUUCUCACAGAGUACAAGAAGCUGGCUGAGGAGAAAAGAACACAAGCAGAACGUGCAGAGAGACGGGCAAUGCGAGCAGCUGCUCACUCUGAUGAACUGCACUUUGAGCGACCAGCAACGCAGGAAACUGGGACCGAGGGAAAGGCCAUCACCACGUUUGAGGAAUCUUUCUUAUGGAUCAAAACGGUGACCGGUGUUACUGAUGUACAGGAUGUGGUGAAACGCUUUGUGAUGCAGGGAGAGACCUUGAAGCACUUGGAGGAGCUGGAACUGGAGAAUGAGAAACAGAUAGUGCAGCUAAGGGAGGAGAAAGAGAGCUUGCAGGCAGAGUAUGAUCAUCUGAAAUAUUCUGGUGAAACCAAACUCUCCAGUGAGCAGAAAUUGUUAAUGGAGCUACAAACUCACCUGAACAAUGAGCAGAACCGACGAGAUAAGUUAAUGGAGCACCUUGAAUACAUCAGCCAUAUCACUAUGUCCAUUAAAGCAGGCGUGGAACAUAUCACUGAGAAAUUGCAACAUGUGCAAAUUUCAAAGGGCAGCAUUCCAUCUAUAGUACUGAGCCCCGCAUCAGACGAGUAUGUGUUGGACUUAUUGUCACUAACAGAAGACAAACUCCUUAAGCUGUAUAGAGGCCUAGGGGGAAUCAACAUGAAGAAGACACUGCGACUGAUUGAGGAAGAUGAGUUCCAUGCCAGCGUGGAAGGCAAACUUCCAUCUUACAACAUGAGAGUGAAGCUUCCCACAGCCCAAAAGCUCGAUAUGUAUGAUGAUGAUGAUGACAAUGAUCAUGACGAUGAUGAUGACAACGGCAGUGAUGAUAGUGGUGACAUCAUCACAAGAGCAGUACUGAAGCAACAAUCACAGCAGAUUGUUGACUGGAAAACCAAGAGAAAGUCUCGACCCAAGAGGAAGAAGGUGAAGCACUGA